AAAGUGCAAUCGAAAGGUAACGAAGAAAGCAUCCAUUGUCGGACCUAGCGAGCGGCACUUUCGGCGACGCGUAUUUCGGAGACCGGCGGGACACAAUCGAUGUCUCGAAUCGAGGGCAGCAGCCGUGCGGCUCGUUUAGAGAAAGGAAAGUAAGACGUGGACGGGAGCUACACCUCCUCCGCCUCCUUCUUCAUCACAUCCGCCGCUAACUCUUCGUGGUUCUUUCUCGCUCACCUGGUUGCGAGUACAUAACGUAAGAUAAAAUAACUUUCCUCCACCUCUCUCGUCUCCUCUCAAUUCUCCCUCCCCGGCUUCCUCUCCCUUCUCGUUUCCUUUCCACGAGUCAGCACCGCGCUUUUAGGGAGCUUUCCACCACCAAGACGGUGUACACUCUGCGCUUUCAUAAAGAACUAUGCGGCAGGAAGGCAGGACACGAUCGCGAGUACACACAUUAAGGUAGUCGAUCAGUGUGAGUCGCUCUAAAAGCAACCACCCAGGAGCAGGAGGACCGGUGGUGGCCGACCGCUGCAAGCGGAUUAUAUCCGGCAAGUAGAGAAGUAGCUGGUCCUUGCAUGAACACGAUAGAGGAAUAGAGCACGCGCGGUGGUGAUUACCUCAGCGGUCAUUCGAACGCGCGCAAAGACAUUAGCCGACGAAGACAUCGCCGACAUUAUUCUUCGUUCGAUUUCCGUUCUCGAUCCUCCAUCGCGUGUUGCGUGUGUGGAAAGAGUGCAUCGGGGAACGUGCAAAUUGACAAUUACAACUCUCGACGACAAGCUUGUCGUCGCUCCUCGAUCGCCGUGAAUCAGCAGCAACGUGGAGCACGUGGUGGAAGAAUGCACAACGGAUUCGCGAUAACGCGGACGCGAUCCGCGAUAAUCGGAUUACUGCUGCUGUUGGUAACGGCGCACAGUAACGGGUUGCAAUAUCAACCUUUCGACUCUUAUGCAAACGGAGAGGAGUGCGCCUUGAUCCUGGACUCCCGUGGAAGAACCAACGUUUACGACUACACCUAUAAUUUGCUACGCGGAUCGUUUCCCACCGGAGGUACCCAAACCUGCAUCACGUACGACGCCGUAAAUCAUGCGUACAUCGAGGCGAGGAAGCGCAUUAACGUCGCGACACCAAAGUCGGAGAUAUGGCGACCGGAGGAUCUGGCGACGAUCGGCGAGCUGCUUCUCGACAUUACCACGAAUCUCGCACAAACAUACGGAUUGAGCUACGAGGAGAUCCAAAGAAGUCUACCAUUGAUCGACACUUCGAAGACGCUGAUCCAGGAGGUAUGUCCCGCCUUUCUCAGCAACGUGGAAUGCAGACCGGGCAAGUAUCGACGAUACGAUGGCCUCUGCACGAAUUUGGAGAAUCCAACUUGGGGGGCUACUCUAUCGCCUUUUGCUAGAUUGAUGAGCCCUCAAUUCGCGGACGGUCUGUCGGCGCCAAGGAUAUCCGUAACGGGUCGUGAUCUACCACUGUCCCGAGUCGUGUCUCGUACCAUGCACCCAGACGAAGGUUAUCACGAUCACGCCGGCACAGUUAUGGUGAUCGCGUGGGGACAAUUCAUGGACCACGAUUACACUUUGACCGCCACGCCUUUAGACCCUCUGAACCGAAACGACCCGGAAGAAUGCUGUGGUCGGCCGCCACACCUGAAGAAUCCUUAUUGCAACGAGAUCUUUAUACCGGAGGACGACUAUUUCUACAGACUGUUCAACGUGCAAUGCAUGGACUUCGUUCGCGCUUUUCCUGCCGUCCGACCUGGUUGCCGCCUUGGCUCCCGAGUACCUUUCAAUCUUCUUACGGGUGUAUUGGAUGGUAAUACGGUUUAUGGCAUCACAGAAGCGUUUGCUAGAAAACUUCGAACGGGCUAUGGUGGAUUAUUGCGAAUGAAUCCAGUCUUUGCAGAAUAUGGUCUGAAGGAUCUAUUGCCGCUAAAGUUGGAUAUACCGGACGAAGGAUGUACUCGACCAAACCGAUCAAUGUACUGCUUCGAAGCUGGUGAAAUUCGUGUAAACGAACAGCUGGUACUUACCUGUAUGCACACUUUGCUGGCGCGAGAGCAUAACCGGCUCGCCAAAGCGUUGGCCAUCGUGAAUCCACACUGGGACGACGAGAUUCUCUUCCAGGAAGCUAGGCGCAUCGUCAUCGCGGAAAUCCAACACAUCACUUAUAACGAGUUCCUCCCGAUAUUACUCGGCAAAGAUGUCAUGGAGAAAUUCGGACUUCUCCUCGAGAAGGAAAGAUACUGGGAUGGAUAUGAUCCGAACAUAAAUCCAGGCGUAAUAGACGCUUUCGCCGCUGCUGCCUUUAGAUUCGGUCACUCGCUAUUGCCCACGGCUGUAGAACGAUGGAGCAAAGCUCACAAAUUUAUUGCUUCAAAGAGACUCUCAGAUUUGAUAAGACGGCCUUACGAUUUGUAUAGGGCUGGUGUAUUCGACGAAUAUUUCAUGGGCUUGAUGAACCAAGUUGCUCAAGCUAUGGAUGAUUCCAUAACACAAGAAGUAACGAAUCAUCUGUUCAAAAAAGUGGGAGCAAAAUUCGGAUUGGAUUUGGUAUCCUUUAACAUGCAACGCGGUCGCGAGUUUGGUAUUCCAAGUUACAUGGAGUUUAGAAAGUACUGCGGCCUGCCCGUAGCGAACACCUUCGAAGAACUGUUCGGUUCCAUGCCGAAUGAAACUGUCAGACGAUACAGCACUAUUUUCGAACAUCCCUCGGACGUCGAUUUAUGGUCAGGCGGCGUAUCCGAAAGACCGCUUCCGGGUAGCAUGCUCGGACCAACCUUCGCCUGCCUAAUUGCCACGCAGUUCAGUCAUUCGCGCCGCGGCGACAGAUUCUGGUACGAGCUGCCGAACCAGCCGUCGUCCUUCACUCUCGAACAACUGAACGAAAUUCGAAAGUCGAAACUGGCCAGAUUGAUCUGCGACAAUACCGAUCUUAUCGAUACGAUACAAAUCUAUCCAAUGGUUCUUCCCGAUCACGAAAUAAACCCUCGAGUCCCAUGUCGCAGUGGUAUUCUACCCGGCAUCGACUUGUCGAAAUGGGCCGAAUUCCCGGCGACAGGUCACGCCGCGCAAUACGAUACCAUAAUGAAAUCUACGCAAGCUGCAUCGGAGAUUAAACCCACAUUACUGCAAGUGCAUAUUAACAAAUUUAAUCGUAAAUUAAAAGCUAUGAGAAAAGAUACAGUAAACAGUCCCAAAAAGAAGCCAAGCAAACCAUGGUGGAUUUAUUCCGCUGGAUGGAAAAAAUUCACGCAGCGCUUAAAAAUGCCUCAGAAAAUACUUCAGCAACAAGAAAAAUUUCUGCAUAAACAAAAUAUGUUACCGACAUUCUCUUUUAUAAAUAAUCAAAAUAAAAAUGAAGAUUUAUCUCCUGAUAUGGAAAUCAUCAAGAUUACAACAGUUGUCGAGGCCAUUCGACAGAAGCGGCAGAAAAAUGCGCAAGUGUUGGAAGCAGCAAAAAAUAUUCAGAAAAUAAUCGGCAAAAAACGUUCAAAACGUUCGUCUUACAAAUUAGGAAAUAAUUUGAAUGUAAAUAAAGAUUUGCUGCGUGCUCGGCAAGGAAAAACUAUCGUUUCGAGAAAAAAAUCUAGUUAUCCGAAAUCCGAUUAUCGAAAGCAACAAACAAGGAGCGUUCCAACGAGGAAACAACUGCGAAACGAAAAUACAACUGAUCUUAAAACAGCGAGCAAUGAAGGAAUACCGAGUACUGAAUUUUACAAACGUAUUUGGGAAUACAUUAACGGUACCCGUCCUCAUUCCGAGAUUAUCAGUAAUUACAAUCCCUUAGAAAAUAAUUCUGAAAAGGAUAACUCAACAUGCACCGAGAAAGAGCGAAUUAUAGCGUCGCAGGAAGAUAAGUUACAAAUGACGAGUCCUAAUACUAAACUGGAACAAGAUUUUUACAAACGUAUCUGGGAUAUAAUUAGCACGAUUCAGUUGAAUGGAAACGCAAAAGCUCGUUCUAAACGGAACGCGAGUAUUCCGAAAAGUAAAGCAAUUUCAAAUCCAUUAUGCGUUAAAGAAAGAACAGUAAAUUAUGAAGGAGAUAAGCAGGUGCAAGCGACGAAUGAAGAAACGUCACCCGGUAUCACGGAUACGACAAAUUCGCCAGAAACAUCCAAUUCUGGCCCUUACAUAUCGGGCUUUUGGACCGUUGCGAAUAAAACCCAGUGGCAACCUAAGACAAUUCCAGUUGUGAACAUAGCACAACUGAAUAACGAUUUGGUCUUAUUCAAGUCGUCACUCGUAAACAGCGCUUCCGAGGUGGACGACUUGAAUAAACUCCCCGAUAAAGUUGAGAACGUCGAUUAUUCGUCUUCAAAUAAUUCGACGACGGGCUACACUAACGAAGCGCGUAAUUCAUCAGAGGAAAUCAUCACCGAGCCAGGACCGCCGUAUUCUUCCGAAGAAAGUUUCGAUAUCUUGUCAUUUUCAUCGACUGAAGGUACUGUCGGCAAAGCCUUGCAAGACAAAGAUCAAGCAAAACGCGAAGAAAACAAUUUGACAACCACGACUCCGGGUUACAAUCCCUUAAACAUACCCUACGUAGACGUGCCAGAUUAUUCCGAUCAACAAGAGGACAGUUUAGACAAAAGCAACCGGAGCGCAACUGCAGCGAGGCACGAAGAAUACGACGACAGCGAUUACGAUUACGGUCCUAAACCGCUCUACGACGUUGAAGACUUCUCUUCAAAGUCCCCGAGACUUGCUGAGAUUAAAGUAGUGCAAACUAAAAGUGACGAACCGGACAUCUCGUUGAACGCAAACAACUCGCGUUCAAGUUGCACAGAAAGUAAAGAUUCUGCCGAAUGCAUUGACAAGUACGAUGUCGAAGACACCAAGUUGCGUAAUAAUACCGAGGAUGUUACGGACGACGACGAAGUUCAGCGUUCCGUAAAUUCUACAGAAUCCGAGGAGAAUGAAAACACGGAUUUCGUUGACUUUGACAUAAACGAAUAUAAAAAACCAUUGAAUUUGGACGAAUUCUUCAAAAACGAUCCAAUAUUGAAAAGUAUACGAGCUAAUAACUAUGGCAAAUACGGGGAAUAUUCCAAGGAGUCCGAAGAGGCCGAAACGUACGCUACGGGUCCAAAAACACAUUGGCACGAUUAUUUCGCAAAGAACGAAGAUUCUCACGAUGAUCAGAGAACCGACGACAGAGACGAGACAAAUGAGAGAAAAGAGGAGACUGACUCUUACGCGAAGAAAGAAACGAAAGACAGCGAGACAAUCGAUGAAAGUCAUUAUGAUAAAGAUUUCUUUAAGCAUAUUUUCGGAAAGGGCAACGAUAAAGAAUCGGAAUAUCAAAAGGAAAAUCCCGAUCGCACUGAGAAGUCCGAAGAGGACGAGACACCCGUCACGGAUUCAAAAGACCAUAAGGAAAAUCCCGAUCCUACUAAAGAAUUGGAAAAGGUCGAGACAUACGCCACGGAUCCAAAAGAACAAUCGCAAGAUUAUUUCGCGAAGGACGAAGAUUAUCACAAUAAUCACAGAAUCGCUUCCAACGAAGGAGAUAAGACGAACGAUAGAGAAGAGAUUGACUCUCACGCGAAGCAGAAAGUGAAAGAGAGCGAAGCAAUCGAUGAAGAUUCUUAUCCUUAUAACGACAGAGACGAAGCGAGCGACAGAGAAGAGGAGACUGAUAGUGAGUCUUACGCGAAGCAGGAAGCGAAAGAGAGUGAAGUAAACGAUGAACAUCCUUCGCCUUACUACAACAAAAAUUUCUUUAAGGAUAUUUUCGGAAACGACGACGAUAAAGAAUCAUUCGAGACAGCCGCCGGCAGGGAAAACGAAUUUUUGUCUCGUUACUUUUCGAAGGAUGUUUUACACAAGUUAAAAGACAAUUCAACAACCGAAGAAGACAAACAACGAGAGGAAUCGAGAAACAAAGAAGAUAUUCGUAAAACACUGUCAAAAAUCUUAGACAAAAAGGAUCAGUUUUCUAGAUUAGAUGACAAUCUCAACAAAAUGAUUGAAAAAGGCGAAGCAGUACCAAUCAAAUAUAACAACUUUUGGAGCUUGGAAUACGAAUCGCCUCGUAAAAGACAUGAGGACAACGAAGAAGAGACAGAAGACUCAAAAGAAGCUUAAGACAUAAAUUAUAUUUUAUAAAUUCAUGAUAUACGUUAAAUUUAUAUUUUUGUUAUUGCAUAUUUGUUCAGAGUAGAUAGAAUAAACAAUUAAUUAUAAUAGUAUUGUUAUAAUUAAAUUAAUUGUUACAUG